AUCAUUGGACACUAACAAACAGUGCUGCUUUCCUCAAGUUUGAGUUUCUUGUUUUAAUAUUUUUACCUUUUACCUACUGAAAGCAGAUGUAAAAAUUUUGCAUGAUAGGACUAUGCAAACAGCUGUUGGAGUCUUUGGCGGUGAAGGGUAUACAGAUGGCAUAGAUACACCUCCAUUAAUGGUAGCAAAAGCAGGGAACAGCAACCGUUCUGCAAUUUCCAGUUUGAAUUGCCCACCAUUUAUGGCAGUUGAGCUUAGUCGAGAGCAUUUGGGAGUUCAUCCAUGUGAUAGGAGAAGAAGCAUCAGUGAAUAUCAGCCUCUCUUUUCUGCAACUGAUUUUUCUCUGAUACAAAACAAGGAGGAUAUUUUUUGGAUGACCAAUGUCAGAGAAGAGAAUGAAGAAGUUGCAGCCCGAGGACUUAAAUUUAUGAACUGGUUGUGGACACGGAAGGAAAAGGAGAUCGCAGUUGUUUCCCAUGGUGGGUUCUUUUAUCAUACUCUAAGUAAUUUUGGGAAUGACUGUCACCCAUCCAUGACAAGUGAAAUAAGCACACACUUUGCUAAUUGCCAGCUUCGGUCAAUGGUUUUUGUUGACAUAAGUAUGAUGCAAUCAGAUUUUGCAAAGACUAACUACCCUGGAAAAAUCCCGCUGGAAAAAUCCCGCACGGGCUGGAUUUUCCUAGUGAUGUUGCCGAUGGGAAGCUUCCUGAUGGAGUUACCAACUGAAAAUGCGGUCUGGAUAAGGCGUAGGAUGGGGCAAAAGACAAGGCUAAAUGGCUCAUCAAACGUGAGAAACAUGAAUUUGGAAUGUUCAAAAGCCCAUAAAUUAUUUUCCUGAUCAAAGGUUAUCAAAACAUCACUAACUGAUUGGCAACUCAUAUCUGUUAUACCAUGGGCCCAUGGCAGACACUGAUUGAAAAUUGUUCAGUAAUGAGUUUAUUUCUAUCAUUUGGUUUACCAUUUUCAAUACUUGUAAUCAAGGGAAAAAAAUGGA